AUACGUUUUUAUUUGUAGUUACUACAUUUCCCAUGAGCCCUCGCUCGGUGGAAACGACACCAGACAAUAUGGCGGGAAUCGGAGCGUUCCUGAGGAAUGCCUGGAACAAGGAGCCGGUUAUCGUAGUUUCUUGUGGGAUUGCACUGCUUGGUGCCAUUAUUCCGUUCAUCAGCCCACUUACAAAAUAUACCACAAUGAUGAAUGCAGCUGUGCCAUACACCUACCCAGUUCCUGUGCGAGAUGAUGGAAACAUGCCUGACAUUCCCGCCCAUCCAUGUGACCCACAAGGAAGAAACUUGGAUUGGAUUAAGAAGCUAUAACUUCAGAUUCCCUCAUGUUAAUAUCCAUCUGAAUAGUUGCCGCUGAUGUCCUUGUCCAACAAUAAAGAUUCUAUUUAAUUCUA